AGAUUCCUCAAUCAUCUCACACUCUGACUCCACCUGCAGAACAUUGAGUCACAACAUCACAAUAUACACUUUAUUAAAGUCUAACACUCUCCUCACAGCAGUGUUCGCCCAUGUGCAGAAUCAGAACCCUGAGCAGCCUGGCUGAGCUCCGGUCCUCGGGUUUCGGUCAGCCGGCUCCUCGACACGGACUCCGCCUGCUCUACUGGUUUGUUGAGAACUGUGUGGAAGUGAAUCAGCAGAAUCAGAUGAUUCUGCUCUGCAUUCCGUCCACAGGAGACUUUGGAUUUCGAAUCUUCCACAACAGAGAAGAAGGAGGAAAAGGCCACCUGCUUCCAGACUCCAGCAACCUGCUGUACUACGAGCUUGGGAACUUAAGUGGAGCCGGAUCCCUGCCUGAGUACGUCCGAGAGAAAUACACCGGCUUCCAGGACAAGAGCAACACUGAUCGCAUUGUGGUCAGCUUGGAGUCCGGAACGUUCCACAGCAUCUAUGUGACACGUCAUGAGACGCGGAUAAACUUUGACCACCGACACACGUUCUGCAUCGGGCCAGAGCUUGUGAGAACCAUCAAGAAAAUGCAGAGAGAAGAUUUCCUAAGAGCAGCUAAACGACGUCGGAACACCGGGCCUCGGUGCAACACGAAGCUCCUCACUGAACAAAAGUCUGAGUUCCUUGCAGCUCACAGAGCUCCAUCACAUCAACCUUACAGCCAGGAUUUACAGCUACAUGCUGCACCACAUCUCAGACACCAUCCUCACAAAGACACCAGAAACAUCUCCAUCUUCUGCUUCAGCCUGCUGUUCCUGUUAACCUCUGCACUGUUACUGGGUUUCAUUCAGUGAAGAUAAUCUGAGUAGACGAAAGUCCUGUCAGGAUUCAGAGCUCGUUAUUUUGUCAUGAGUUUCAAAUUGAAAUUCAAUUUAUUUGUAUAGCACAAUUCACAUUGUUAAACUAGGGGUAGAACUUCAGGGGUAUGUCUCCUACUAGGGGUAGAACAUCAGGGAUAUGUCUCCAACUAGGGGGAGAACAUCAGGGGUAUGUCUCCAACUAGGGGUAGAACAUCAGGGGUAGGUCUCCAACUAGGGGUAGAACAUCAGGGAUAUGUCUCCAACUAGGGGUAGAACAUCAGGGGUAGGUCUCCAACUAGGGGUAGAACAUCAGGGAUAUGUCUCCAACUAGGGGUAGAACAUCAGGGGUAUGUCUCCAACUAGGGGUAGAACAUCAGGGAUAUGUCUCCAACUAGGGGUAGAACAUCAGGGAUAUGUCUCCAACUAGGGGUAGAACAUCAGGGAUAUGUC